AUGUUCAUGAUGCUGCAGGGCCUCACACUUGCUGUGGCUUACCUCACCGGAUGUGACUUUAACAAUAACUCAAGGCCGUUCUGUGACUGGACUCAGCCUUGCAAUGUCAACCAGGGAAUGUGGAUACGAACCAAGCAUGACACUCCAACUGAAGGAACAGGUCCUGAGGGAGAUUAUCCUGAUGGAAAAGGUUAUUUCAUCUACCAAGAAGCAAGUAAUCUGAUCCCCUUCGACACCAACAGGCUGGAGAGCCCAGAUACUGUCGUUUCUGGAAAAAUAUGCAUAGACUUCUGGUACUACAUGUUUGGAUCAGAAGAGAUGAAUGAGCUGAGAGUGAUUGUCCAAGAUGACACAGGGGAGUCUGUGGUGUGGCAUCGGAAGGGAAACCAGAGUUCCUUGUGGAAAUAUGGUGCCAUCACUCACAGUAUUCCAACACAGAGGAAGAUAAAGGUAAUUUUUGAGGCUGUCCGAGGACUGACAGAGUAUGGGGAUACAGCACUGGACAAUGUGAGAGUAAGGAAUGGACCCUGUGAAGCUAUUUGCAGUAUACAUGGGGAUCCCCACUACAACACAUUUGACAAGCAACGUCAUGACUUCAUGGGCACCUGCACCUACACCCUCUCCAAGCUGUGCGAGAGCAACAGCUCCCUGCCCUACUUCAAUGUGGAAGCAGCCAACGAGCACAGGGGAGGCAACACACGUGUGUCCUAUGUCCAGUACGUGGAUAUUGAUGUCUAUGGCUACAGGAUCAACCUUGGUCAAAAAAGAGCUGUUAAGGUCAAUGGAGUCAGCCAGGUGGUCCCUGUGACUUUGGACCCAGGUGUCAGUAUUUCCCUCAGUGGGCAGUAUGUUGUGGUUACUACUGACUUCGGGCUGCAAGUCAAGUUUGAUGGAAACCACAGAGCAGAAAUCACUCUUCCCAGCACCUAUAUGUCUAAAGUCUGUGGAAUAUGUGGAAAUUACAACGGGCAAAAAGCAGACGACUUUCUCAACCCAGAUGGAGAGAUGGAAGCAAACUCAACCAGCCUUGGCAACAGUUGGCAGGUUUACAAUGACUCCAGGUGCUCACCAGAUGAUGGCCAUACUCCAAACUGCACUGAUGAUGAAAAACACAUGAUCCAAAGCAAUGCAUACUGUGGUCUGAUCACAGAUCCAAGUGGUCCAUUCCAGAACUGCCAUGCAGUGGUCAAUCCACAGAGCUAUUUUGAAGAUUGCCAGUAUGAUCUCUGUGAACUUCACUUGAACAAUGCAGCCCUCUGUGAAAGCCUGCAGGCUUAUGCAGAUGUGUGCCAAACUGCAGGAGUCCAGCUGGCACCAUGGAGAAAUACAACCUUUUGCCCACUGGACUGUGCAGCCAACAGCCACUACGAGCCCUGUGCUGCAGCCUGCCCUGCCACCUGUGUUGACCCAAAAGCUCCCUACAACUGCAGCCUGCCGUGCGUGGAGGGCUGUGUGUGCGACAGCGGGUUCCUGCUCUACAAUGACCGCUGCGUGCCCAGCCAGCAGUGCGGCUGCUGGCACAACGGGCAGCACUACCCCGUGGGCUCAGAGUUCUGGACAGACGACACCUGCUCCUCCAAGUGCACGUGUCCCGCACGGGGAAGCCAAGUGCAGUGCUUCAAUGCCUCCUGCCCUGCGGGCCAGUACUGCGGGGUGCAGAACGGGAAACCCGUGUGCCUUGAACACUCCUACGGCAUCUGCCACGUGCACGGGGACCCCCACUACAAAACCUUUGACAAGGUGACACACAACUUCAUGGGCAACUGCACCUACACCCUGGCCAAAGUGUGCUCCAACAGCACCUCCCUGCCCUACUUCAACGUGGAGGCCAAGAACGAGCACCGUGGCAACACCCGAGUGUCCUACGUGCGCGAAGUGGUGGUUGAGGUGUAUGGAGAGCGCGUUGUCAUCCUCAAGCAGCAGAAGAGCCACGUGCUGGUGAACAACGUGCGCCAGACUUUGCCGGUGAGCGCAGCAGGCGGAGCCAUCAUGGUGAGCCAGAGUGGUCGCUACAUCGUCCUGGAGACAGACUUCAGCCUCAGAGUGUCCUACGACACUGACCACUCGGUGGAGGUGAAGGUGCCCACCACCUACUUCAACCUGACCUGUGGCAUGUGUGGCAACUUCAACAACCGCAGAGACGACGAAUACAUGAUGCCCAAUGGGCAGCAGGCCGCAGACUCCAAUGCGCUGGGGGAGAGCUGGCAGGUCCCAGACAGUGACCCCUCCUGCGGUGUCCCCGGCCCCUCCACACCCUGCAGUGCAGAAGAGGAGAAGCUCUACCGCUCCGACCAGUUCUGUGGCAUGCUGACCACCAGGCCGAGCUCUUUUGAGAGCUGCCACGGCGUGAUCAACCCCCAGGACUACUUUGACACCUGCUUGUAUGACCUGUGUGCCCUGAAUGGUGGCCAGGAGUUCCUGUGUGCUGCUCUGGAGGCCUAUGCUGACGCGUGCCAGGCAGCGGGGGUGACUCUUCUUCCCUGGAGGAAUGCUACCUUCUGCCCCCUGCAGUGUCCUCCCAACAGCUACUAUGACCCCUGUAUGACCGGCUGUCCUGCAACCUGUGUUGACCAAGAAGCCCCACAGAACUGCUCCAAGCCUUGUGUGGAGGGCUGUGCAUGUAACUCUGGCUUCCUCCUGAGUGGAGACACCUGUGUCCCUGAGGCCAACUGUGGCUGCCUCUUUGAGGGCAACUACUAUACUGAAGGCGAAUCCUCCGUGAAUGAGAACUGCACUCGCCAGUGCCGCUGUGAAGCCAAAGGCCAGAUGGUUUGCUCUGCCUUGUCCUGUGUCGAGGACGAGGUCUGCAAGAUCCAGGACGGCCAGAGGGGCUGUUACCCAGCCAGCACUGCCGUCUGCCACAUCUACGGUGACCCACAUUACAGCACCUUUGAUGGGAAGCUCCACCACUUCCAGGGCUCCUGCAACUACACUGUGGUGACGGGCUGUGACAACUCCUCCCUUGGGUUCAGUGUCACUACCCGCAACAAACAUCGUGGCAGCCAGAGCUGGACAGCUCUGGACUCUGUGGCGCUGUCCCUCGAAGGCCUCCACAUUGCGCUGCGCAAGCACAAGGCAGUCUACAUCAACGGUGCCCUGGUCACCCUGCCUGCUUCUCCUGCCCCCGGUGUGACCAUUUCCCUGAGCGGCUCCUACGUGCGGGUUUCCACCAAGCUGGGCCUGCAGCUGCAGUUCAAUGGGGAUCAUGAGCUCCUCGUGAAGGUGUCUGAGAAGUACAAGGGCAAACUCUGUGGGCUGUGUGGGACCUACACUGGGAGCCAGCAGGACGACUUCAUGCGACCCGACGGGGUGGUUGUACCCGACUUCAACGACUUUGGAAGCAGCUGGAUGGUGCCGGAUGAUGAGUGGCCGUGUGACCCAGCCAUCAGCCCACCUGCAUCCUGCUCUCCUGCUGAAGAGGAGGCAGCUAACCAGCAGUGUUCAAUCCUCACAAACCUCAGUGGCCCGUUCCAGCCAUGCCAUGCAGUUCUGCCACCCAAGACAUACUUUGAGAGCUGUGUCUAUGACCAGUGUGCCACGGGUGGCAGCACGGAGCAGCUCUGCAAUGACCUGGGGGCCUAUGCUGCAGCCUGUGCUGAGGCAGGCGUUGCUCUGGGAGACUGGAGUGCUGGCACUGUCUGUGCUCCACCAACAGACUGCAAUUUUGCCUGCACAUUUGACAAGGACUUCUGUGGCUGGGUCCAGGAAGAUUACAGCAGCAUUGACUGGAUAAGGAACAAAGGCCCAACGCCCACGCCAAAUACUGGCCCAUCCUCUGACCACACAACUGGAGAUGGCUACUACAUCUUCCUGCAAGAGAGAAAUGAUACUCUCCCUGGUUUCGUGGCUCACCUGGUCAGUCCAGUGUGCAGCUGGGAAGGAACACUCUGCUUCCGCUUCUGGUACCACAUGUAUGGAACUGCUAAAACAAUGGCCCUGCGGGUGUACGUGCUGAAGGAUGAUAAGCCAGUGAUGGUCUGGGAAGAAGUUGGGAACCAUGGAGACAGGUCCAUCGACACCAACACCCACGGUCCCCUUGCCAGGUACCACAACACAGCCUGUAAUCACCACCUCACCAACAAGCCCCACUCCGAGCUCAGGCCCUAUGACACCAACACCCAUGAGAGCUAUGCCAGAUACCACAAUGCAGCCUGUCCACUUCCUACUACACCCUCUACUCCGCAGCCUAACAUUACAACUCAGGCAACACCAAGACCACCACCAACCACACCUGGGAUGACCUCAGGCACCUGUGUGGUGGAAGGAGACCCUCACUACCACACAUUUGACAAGGAGUUACACCAUUUCAUGGGCACCUGCACCUACACCCUCUCCAAGCUGUGUGAGAGCAACAGCUCCCUGCCCUACUUCAAUGUGGAAGCGGCCAACGAGCACAGGGGAGGCAACACCCGUGUGUCCUAUGUCCGAUACGUGGAUGUGGAUGUGGCUGACCAGCGGAUAAGGCUGGGACAGGGUGGAGUGGUGACGGUCAAUGGAGUGGAAGAGAUCCUGCCUUGCAGCCCAUCCGCAGGCGUGCAGGUCUUGUCCAGCGGGUUCUACACCAUGGUCAUGACAGACUUUGGCUUGAGAGUCAAGUUUGAUGGGAAGCAUCGGGUGGAGGUGACACUUCCAAGCACCUUUGGGCAGAAGGUCUGUGGCAUGUGUGGGAACUACAACGGGAUAGCAGCAGAUGACUUCCAGAACCCAGAAGGGGCAAUGGAGUCAGACUCUACCAGCCUGGGCAACAGUUGGGAAGUGUCCAACAACAGCAGCUGCUCAGCCGGACCUCUGCCCACCCCAGCCUGCAAUGAGACCGACAAGCAACUCAUCAGCAGCAGCCACUUCUGUGGGCUCCUCACUGACAGCAGUGGCCCAUUUCAGCUGUGCCAUGCUGUGCUGAGCCCCAGCAGCUACUUUGACACCUGCUUCUAUGACCUGUGUGAGCUGGGGCUGGACCGUGAGACCCUGUGCAAGAGCUUGCAGUCCUAUGCAGAUGCCUGCCAGUCACUCGGUGUCCAGAUACCUGUGUGGAGGAACGCAACCCUCUGCCCGAUCACUUGUCCAGCCAACAGCCACUACGAGCCCUGUGCUGCAGCCUGCCCUGCCACCUGUGUUGACCCAAAAGCUCCCUACAACUGCAGCCUGCCGUGCGUGGAGGGCUGUGUGUGCGACAGCGGGUUCCUGCUCUACAAUGACCGCUGCGUGCCCAGCCAGCAGUGCGGCUGCUGGCACAACGGGCAGCACUACCCCGUGGGCUCAGAGUUCUGGACAGACGACACCUGCUCCUCCAAGUGCACGUGUCCCGCACGGGGAAGCCAAGUGCAGUGCUUCAAUGCCUCCUGCCCUGCGGGCCAGUACUGCGGGGUGCAGAACGGGAAACCCGUGUGCCUUGAACACUCCUACGGCAUCUGCCACGUGCACGGGGACCCCCACUACAAAACCUUUGACAAGGUGACACACAACUUCAUGGGCAACUGCACCUACACCCUGGCCAAAGUGUGCUCCAACACCACCUCCCUGCCCUACUUCAACGUGGAGGCCAAGAACGAGCACCGUGACAACACCCGAGUGUCCUACGUGCGCGAAGUGGUGGUUGAGGUGUAUGGAGAGCGCGUUGUCAUCCUCAAGCAGCAGAAGAGCCACGUGCUGGUGAACAACGUGCGCCAGACUUUGCCGGUGAGCGCAGCAGGCGGAGCCAUCAUGGUGAGCCAGAGUGGUCGCUACAUCGUCCUGGAGACAGACUUCAGCCUCAGAGUGUCCUACGACACUGACCACUCGGUGGAGGUGAAGGUGCCCACCACCUACUUCAACCUGACCUGUGGCAUGUGUGGCAACUUCAACAACCGCAGAGACGAUGAAUACAUGAUGCCCAAUGGGCAGCAGGCCGCAGACUCCAAUGCGCUGGGGGAGAGCUGGCAGGUCCCAGACAGUGACCCCUCCUGCGGUGUCCCCGGCCCCUCCACACCCUGCAGUGCAGAAGAGGAGAAGCUCUACCGCUCCGACCAGUUCUGUGGCAUGCUGACCACCAGGCCAAGCUCUUUUGAGACCUGCCACGGCGUGAUCAACCCCCAGGACUACUUUGACACCUGCUUGUAUGACCUGUGUGCCCUGAAUGGUGGCCAGGAGUUCCUGUGUGCUGCUCUGGAGGCCUAUGCUGACGCGUGCCAGGCAGCGGGGGUGACUCUUCUUCCCUGGAGGAAUGCUACCUUCUGCCCCCUGCAGUGUCCUCCCAACAGCUACUAUGACCCCUGUAUGACCGGCUGUCCUGCAACCUGUGUUGACCAAGAAGCCCCACAGAACUGCUCCAAGCCUUGUGUGGAGGGCUGUGCAUGUAACUCUGGCUUCCUCCUGAGUGGAGACACCUGUGUCCCUGAGGCCAACUGUGGCUGCCUCUUUGAGGGCAACUACUAUACUGAAGGCGAAUCCUCCGUGAAUGAGAACUGCACUCGCCAGUGCCGCUGUGAAGCCAAAGGCCAGAUGGUUUGCUCUGCCUUGUCCUGUGUCGAGGACGAGGUCUGCAAGAUCCAGGACGGCCAGAGGGGCUGUUACCCAGCCAGCACUGCCGUCUGCCACAUCUACGGUGACCCACAUUACAGCACCUUUGAUGGGAAGCUCCACCACUUCCAGGGCUCCUGCAACUACACUGUGGUGACGGGCUGUGACAACUCCUCCCUUGGGUUCAGUGUCACCACCCGCAACAAACAUCGUGGCAGCCAGAGCUGGACAGCUCUGGACUCUGUGGCGCUGUCCCUCGAAGGCCUCCACAUUGCGCUGCGCAAGCACAAGGCAGUCUACAUCAACGGUGCCCUGGUCACCCUGCCUGCUUCUCCUGCCCCCGGUGUGACCAUUUCCCUGAGCGGCUCCUACGUGCGGGUUUCCACCAAGCUGGGCCUGCAGCUGCAGUUCAAUGGGGACCAUGAGCUCCUCGUGAAGGUGUCUGAGAAGUACAAGGGCAAACUCUGUGGGCUGUGUGGGACCUACACUGGGAGCCAGCAGGACGACUUCAUGCGACCCGACGGGGUGGUUGUACCCGACUUCAACGACUUUGGAAGCAGCUGGAUGGUGCCGGAUGAUGAGUGGCCGUGUGACCCAGCCAUCAGCCCACCUGCAUCCUGCUCUCCUGCUGAAGAGGAGGCAGCUAACCAGCAGUGUUCAAUCCUCACAAACCUCAGUGGCCCGUUCCAGCCAUGCCAUGCAGUUCUGCCACCCAAGACAUACUUUGAGAGCUGUGUCUAUGACCAGUGUGCCACGGGUGGCAGCACGGAGCAGCUCUGCAAUGACCUGGGGGCCUAUGCUGCAGCCUGUGCUGAGGCAGGCGUUGCUCUGGGAGACUGGAGUGCUGGCACUGUCUGUGCUCCACCAACAGACUGCAAUUUUGCCUGCACAUUUGACAAGGACUUCUGUGGCUGGGUCCAGGAAGAUUACAGCAGCAUUGACUGGAUAAGGAACAAAGGCCCAACGCCCACGCCAAAUACUGGCCCAUCCUCUGACCACACAACUGGAGAUGGCUACUACAUCUUCCUGCAAGAGAGAAAUGAUACUCUCCCUGGUUUCGUGGCUCACCUGGUCAGUCCAGUGUGCAGCUGGGAAGGAACACUCUGCUUCCGCUUCUGGUACCACAUGUAUGGAACUGCUAAAACAAUGGCCCUGCGGGUGUACGUGCUGAAGGAUGAUAAGCCAGUGAUGGUCUGGGAAGAAGUUGGGAACCAUGGAGACAGGUCCAUCGACACCAACACCCACGGUCCCCUUGCCAGGUACCACAACACAGCCUGUAAUCACCACCUCACCAACAAGCCCCACUCCGAGCUCAGGCCCUUUGACACCAACACCCAUGAGAGCUAUGCCAGAUACCACAAUGCAGCCUGUCCACUUCCUACUACACCCUCUACUCCGCAGCCUAACAUUACAACUCAGGCAACACCAAGACCACCACCAACCACACCUGGGAUGACCUCAGGCACCUGUGUGGUGGAAGGAGACCCUCACUACCACACAUUUGACAAGCAGUUACACCAUUUCAUGGGCACCUGCACCUACACCCUCUCCAAGCUGUGUGAGAGCAACAGCUCCCUGCCCUACUUCAAUGUGGAAGCGGCCAACGAGCACAGGGGAGGCAACACCCGUGUGUCCUAUGUCCGAUACGUGGAUGUGGAUGUGGCUGACCAGCGGAUAAGGCUGGGACAGGGUGGAGUGGUGACGGUCAAUGGAGUGGAAGAGAUCCUGCCUUGCAGCCCAUCCGCAGGCGUGCAGGUCUUGUCCAGCGGGUUCUACACCAUGGUCAUGACAGACUUUGGCUUGAGAGUCAAGUUUGAUGGGAAGCAUCGGGUGGAGGUGACACUUCCAAGCACCUUUGGGCAGAAGGUCUGUGGCAUGUGUGGGAACUACAACGGGAUAGCAGCAGAUGACUUCCAGAACCCAGAAGGGGCAAUGGAGUCAGACUCUACCAGCCUGGGCAACAGUUGGGAAGUGUCCAACAACAGCAGCUGCUCAGCCGGACCUCUGCCCACCCCAGCCUGCAAUGAGACCGACAAGCAACUCAUCAGCAGCAGCCACUUCUGUGGGCUCCUCACUGACAGCAGUGGCCCAUUUCAGCUGUGCCAUGCUGUGCUGAGCCCCAGCAGCUACUUUGACACCUGCUUCUAUGACCUGUGUGAGCUGGGGCUGGACCGUGAGACCCUGUGCAAGAGCUUGCAGUCCUAUGCAGAUGCCUGCCAGUCACUCGGUGUCCAGAUACCUGUGUGGAGGAACGCAACCCUCUGCCCGAUCACUUGUCCAGCCAACAGCCACUACGAGCCCUGUGCUGCAGCCUGCCCUGCCACCUGUGUUGACCCAAAAGCUCCCUACAACUGCAGCCUGCCGUGCGUGGAGGGCUGUGUGUGCGACAGCGGGUUCCUGCUCUACAAUGACCGCUGCGUGCCCAGCCAGCAGUGCGGCUGCUGGCACAACGGGCAGCACUACCCCGUGGGCUCAGAGUUCUGGACAGACGACACCUGCUCCUCCAAGUGCACGUGUCCCGCACGGGGAAGCCAAGUGCAGUGCUUCAAUGCCUCCUGCCCUGCGGGCCAGUACUGCGGGGUGCAGAACGGGAAACCCGUGUGCCUUGAACACUCCUACGGCAUCUGCCACGUGCACGGGGACCCCCACUACAAAACCUUUGACAAGGUGACACACAACUUCAUGGGCAACUGCACCUACACCCUGGCCAAAGUGUGCUCCAACACCACCUCCCUGCCCUACUUCAACGUGGAGGCCAAGAACGAGCACCGUGGCAACACCCGAGUGUCCUACGUGCGCGAAGUGGUGGUUGAGGUGUAUGGAGAGCGCGUUGUCAUCCUCAAGCAGCAGAAGAGCCACGUGCUGGUGAACAACGUGCGCCAGACUUUGCCGGUGAGCGCAGCAGGCGGGGCCAUCACGGUGAGCCAGAGUGGUCGCUACAUCGUCCUGGAGACAGACUUCAGCCUCAGAGUGUCCUACGACACUGACCACUCGGUGGAGGUGAAGGUGCCCACCACCUACUUCAACCUGACCUGUGGCAUGUGUGGCAACUUCAACAACCGCAGAGACGAUGAAUACAUGAUGCCCAAUGGGCAGCAGGCCGCAGACUCCAAUGCGCUGGGGGAGAGCUGGCAGGUCCCAGACAGUGACCCCUCCUGCGGUGUCCCCGGCCCCUCCACACCCUGCAGUGCAGAAGAGGAGAAGCUCUACCGCUCCGACCAGUUCUGUGGCAUGCUGACCACCAGGCCAAGCUCUUUUGAGACCUGCCACGGCGUGAUCAACCCCCAGGACUACUUUGACACCUGCUUGUAUGACCUGUGUGCCCUGAAUGGUGGCCAGGAGUUCCUGUGUGCUGCUCUGGAGGCCUAUGCUGACGCGUGCCAGGCAGCGGGGGUGACUCUUCUUCCCUGGAGGAAUGCUACCUUCUGCCCCCUGCAGUGUCCUCCCAACAGCUACUAUGACCCCUGUAUGACCGGCUGUCCUGCAACCUGUGUUGACCAAGAAGCCCCACAGAACUGCUCCAAGCCUUGUGUGGAGGGCUGUGCAUGUAACUCUGGCUUCCUCCUGAGUGGAGACACCUGUGUCCCUGAGGCCAACUGUGGCUGCCUCUUUGAGGGCAACUACUAUACUGAAGGCGAAUCCUCCGUGAAUGAGAACUGCACUCGCCAGUGCCGCUGUGAAGCCAAAGGCCAGAUGGUUUGCUCUGCCUUGUCCUGUGUCGAGGACGAGGUCUGCAAGAUCCAGGACGGCCAGAGGGGCUGUUACCCAGCCAGCACUGCCGUCUGCCACAUCUACGGUGACCCACAUUACAGCACCUUUGAUGGGAAGCUCCACCACUUCCAGGGCUCCUGCAACUACACUGUGGUGACGGGCUGUGACAACUCCUCCCUUGGGUUCAGUGUCACCACCCGCAACAAACAUCGUGGCAGCCAGAGCUGGACAGCUCUGGACUCUGUGGCGCUGUCCCUCGAAGGCCUCCACAUUGCGCUGCGCAAGCACAAGGCAGUCUACAUCAACGGUGCCCUGGUCACCCUGCCUGCUUCUCCUGCCCCCGGUGUGACCAUUUCCCUGAGCGGCUCCUACGUGCGGGUUUCCACCAAGCUGGGCCUGCAGCUGCAGUUCAAUGGGGAUCAUGAGCUCCUCGUGAAGGUGUCUGAGAAGUACAAGGGCAAACUCUGUGGGCUGUGUGGGACCUACACUGGGAGCCAGCAGGACGACUUCAUGCGACCCGACGGGGUGGUUGUACCCGACUUCAACGACUUUGGAAGCAGCUGGAUGGUGCCGGAUGAUGAGUGGCCGUGUGACCCAGCCAUCAGCCCACCUGCAUCCUGCUCUCCUGCUGAAGAGGAGGCAGCUAACCAGCAGUGUUCAAUCCUCACAAACCUCAGUGGCCCGUUCCAGCCAUGCCAUGCAGUUCUGCCACCCAAGACAUACUUUGAGAGCUGUGUCUAUGACCAGUGUGCCACGGGUGGCAGCACGGAGCAGCUCUGCAAUGACCUGGGGGCCUAUGCUGCAGCCUGUGCUGAGGCAGGCGUUGCUCUGGGAGACUGGAGUGCUGGCACUGUCUGUGGGAUCCUGUGCAGGUCCAUCGACACCAACACCCACGGUCCCCUUGCCAGGUACCACAACACAGCCUGUAAUCACCACCUCACCAACAAGCCCCACUCCGAGCUCAGGUCCAUCGACACUAUGAUAGCUAUGCCAGGUCGUGCUUUCUGCAGUGCCUCUGGGGACCCACAUUACAACACUUUUGACCACAAAGUCCAUAAUUUCAUGGGAAAUUGCACUUACACCCUGUCCAAAGUGUGCACUGCCUCUGAGAGUCUUCCAUACUUUGAUGUAUCCACAACAAAUGAACACAGAGGAGCCAGCACCAAAGUCUCUUAUGUGAAGUCAGUGCACGUGGAAGUCUAUGACAAUCAGAUUUCUCUGCUGAAAAACAAGAAAGUGAAUGGUCACAGAAUGAACUUGCCUGUAUUUAUUGAAAAGAAGAUCAGUAUUCAAAGCAGUGGUGGAUAUGUUCUCUUGGAAACUGACUUUGGACUGUGGGUGAGAUAUGAUGGAAAUCACUAUGCAGAAGUCUCUGUGCCCUCUAAUUACAGUGGUCUGCUCUGUGGCCUCUGUGGUAAUUAUAAUGGUGAUCCGAAUGAUGACAAUAUCAAGUCAAAUGGUGGCAUUGCAAAUGAUUCCACUGAUCUUGGAGAAAGCUGGCUGGUGCCUGAGAAUAACACCGUAUGCUCCAGUGGUGGGAAAGAAGAGCAAUGUGAUCCUGUGUUGGAGAGUGAAGCAAAGAAAAACACAGCAUGUGGCAUGAUCACAGACCCAACAGGAAUCUUCAAGGACUGUCACACCAAGGUGCCUCCACAGAAUUUCUUUGAAAACUGUGUUUAUGACAUGUGUUUCACUGGAGGACAGGCAACAUCCUUAUGCUAUGGACUGCAGGCCUAUGCUGAGUCAUGUGUCAAUGCUGGGAUAUGCAUAGAGUGGAGGAAUUCAACUCUUUGCCCAAUGUCCUGUCCUGGAGGCAGCAUCUACAAGAGCUGUGGUACUAGGUGUCCCUCUACCUGUUUGAACAUCUCAGCAGCUGAUUCCUGCAGUUCUUUGCCAGUGGAAGGUUGCUUCUGUAAGGAAGGAUAUGUUUUGAGUGGAGACAAAUGUGUGCCAGAAAGCAACUGUGGUUGUGUUGAUGAAAAAAACCAGUAUCACCAGCUGAAUGAAAGCUGGUUCACCCAUUACCCCUGCACUGAGCGCUGCACCUGCAAGGCAAAUAACAUCAUUGAGUGCAAAUCCUGGGAGUGUGGAGUCCAAGAGGAGUGCAGGGUUCAGGAUGGUGUGCUGGGCUGUCAUUCCAAUGGUCAAGCAAUAUGUCAAGUGGUAGGAGAUCCCCAUUAUUUCACUUUUGAUGGAAUGAAGUACACUUUUGUGGGAACCUGCACCUACACUUUGGUUGAGGUUGUCAGCACUGCCACCAAUGUCAUUCCUAUAACCAUACUUGGCAAGAAUGAAGACAGAGGACUAAGAGGGGCCACGUACCUGAAGGAAGUCUACAUUGAUGUGUAUGGUGUACGAAUCACCCUUCAGAAAAACCAAGGGAUCAUGAUGAACAAUGAGAAAGUCUACACUCCAGUGCAGAACCGACUGCACGGCAUGUCCAUUGGAAAUGUUGGCAGAUUUAUAGUAGUGGAAACUGACUUUGGUGUCAUAGUGAAAUAUGAUGGCAAUCACCAUCUGGAAAUCACUCUCCCACGCUCUUAUUUCUCACAGGUGCAUGGCAUGUGUGGCAAUUUCAAUGGUAAUCGUGAAGAUGAUCUGUCCUUGACCAAUGGUACAGUUGUCACUGCCCCACAGUUUGGAAAUAGCUGGGAAGUGGAGAUAGACAGUGAUAAGGGUUGUUUGCCAGACUUAAGAGAAGAUGAUGAUCCUCCUUGUACUGCUGAGAAUAAACAAGUCAUUGAAAGACAGUGCAAUGUUCUAAAAUCAGACAAAUUCAAAGUGUGCCAUAGUCUAGUCAACCCUGAUGACUUCAUAGAGAUCUGCAUCUAUGAUAUGUGCCAGUAUGAUGGUAUGAAGUCAGCUCUCUGCGACAUAGUUCAAGUCUAUGUGGACACCUGCAAGAAUCAUGGAAUCACCAUUAAAUGGAGGAAUAGCACAUUCUGUCCACUGCCCUGCCCACCCCGGAGCCACUACAAAGACUGUGUCUCUGCCUGCCCAUCCACAUGCAGUGACAUUUUUGCCUCUUCCCUUUGUGAGAAGACAGAUGAGUGCACAGAGGGCUGUGAAUGUGAUGAUAAUUAUGUGCUCAGCAAUGGCAACUGUGUACCUCUCAGCAGUUGUGGCUGCAGGGAUGAUGACAACAAUUACUACAGUGCUGGAGAGACAUGGAUAACUCCACACUGCACCAAAAGAUGCCAGUGCCAGAAGAAUGGUGUCAUCAGUUGCAAGAGCUACAGCUGUGAUUCUAGAGAAACCUGCGUGAACAAAGAUGGAAAACACAAGUGCAAUCCAACAGGUUUUGGGAAAUGUCAGAUCAUGGGCGACCCACACUACAUCACCUUUGACGGGCUGGUGCACCACUUCCAAGGGAAAUACACAUAUAUUCUGGCUCAGAGCAUCCCUGACCUACCUGACACUCUGACACAGUUCAGCAUUGAAGGCAUGAACUAUCCAUUACCUGGAAUUCGACGCAUUACUUACCUGAAAGAGAUGCUCAUCAAUGUUUACAACCACACAGUGCGAUUCAGGCAGAACAAGCAGGUUCUGUUGGAUGGUGUGAGAGUGAGGCUCCCCAUUCGACCUCAUGAAGGUAUUCAUAUAUAUCAGAGGACAACAAGAAUUUACCUGGAGACAGAUUUUGGCUUAUAUCUGAGCUUUGAUGGCAAUCAAAAUGCAGACAUAAAGCUGGCUACCACCUACAGAAGCAGAGUGGAAGGCUUGUGUGGUGACUUUGAUGGGAGAUACAGAAAUGACUUCAAAAAUCCAGACGGUGUUUGGGUCAGGAAUGUGAAUGUAUUUGGUGAAAGCUGGAAAGUUCCUCUGAAAAGAAGUUCUCGUCUCAGACGAGAUGUCAACUCAGAAAAUGACUCUGAGGAGGAGCCAGAUCCAGGGCUUUUCCAAGGCUGCAACAAAAAUCAACUGGAGCAGCAAAAUACAACUUCAAGGUGUCAAAUCCUGACUGACUUGAAUGGUCCUUUUGCCAAGUGUCAUUCUGCAGUCAAACCAGAUUUCUAUUUCACGAGCUGCCUGUUUGAUAUGUGUGUGGAAGGAGAUGAGAUCUUGUGCCGCAGCCUGGAGGAAUAUGUGCUGGAUUGUCAGCAGCUAGGAGUCAGCAUGGAUGGCUGGAGGCAACAGACAGACUGUGGUAUGUCAUGUCCUGCCAACAGCAAGUACAGCUCUUGCAUGUCUGCAUGCCCAGCAUCCUGCAACGACCUGACCAGCCCUUCUGAGUGUGAAUCACCCUGUGUUGAAGGCUGUGAAUGUCUCCCUGGUUAUGUUCUUAGUGGCUUUGACUGUGUCCCUUACAAACAGUGUGGCUGCACAUACCUUAACAAAUACUAUGAGAUUGGAGAAAUAUUCACCACUGACGACUGCUCUCAGAAAUGCCAGUGCACAGAAAGCUCCACUGUUUUCUGCCUUGAUGAAGUGUGUGGGUCUGGUGAAAUCUGUGGCAUUUCAAACUACAGUCGUGGAUGCUACAGGAGUGGCCCAUGUAUGCCAAAUCCUUGUAAGAAUGAUGGCAUUUGCUCUGAAACUUCCAAUAGCACCUCCCUCCACUUCUGUGAAUGUUCAGAACUCUACACAGGACAAAACUGUGAGGCUGAAAAAAUAGCUGAAGACCCUGACACAGAGGAUUCGGACCACACAGUUGCCAUUGUCGUCGGAGUUGUGGCAGGUGUAGCUGUUAUUGUCAUUCUCAUCUCCUCUACAGUGUACCUGUUCAGAAGGAAGAGAAAGAUGGAUAAAGUUACAAUAACGAGGGAUUCUUCUUUGCAAUGGUCCAGGGAUAAAUUGGAUGCUAGAGAACGUGAACAAGAUUAUGGCUGCAUCGUGAACAGGGCAUUUGAUCAAAAUGAAUACCCAAAUACACAUCCAUAGUUAAGAAUAUUAUUCCUAUUGAUUUGUCAUACUUUUUACUCUUGUAUUUUAACCCUAUUUCUAAUGCUUUGAGAAUAAAUUAGAAUAAAUUUAUCAUUGCAUUUGUUG